AUGCCGAGAAACGAUGCAGGGGCUCAAAGAUUAGUGUCUGCACGCCUUUCCUUGGAUCGAUUGCGUGUCCACGAUUUUGUGUGGGAGCCUUAUUCUUCUGUCGAGGUUGCUUCUGUUAUUCAUCCGGAGAUACUAGUUGACGAGCACCGUAGGCUAUGGACGGCCAUCACUAGCCUGAUAUAUUUUGCUGCGAUUGAGUGGCAUCAGGUCGAUAGGGUUCUACCGCAGUUCGGCGGUGUUCAGCAUCUCCUUCAGCCAGCUCUGAACAUAGAUUGGCUACAUGCGAAGGAUGGCAAGGGUGGGGACCGGUGGUUCCCCACGUAUUAUCAGGAGUGGCAUAAGCUUUGGGAGAACCGGAUUCAGUCAAUCAUAUGGGUCGAUCGAGUCCUUGACCCCGGUCCAUCAGCAGACUACCUGGAGUGGUGGUGCCGUGUGGCGCACAGAUUCCUAUCCCCAGAUGUUGCAUUUCAGGAUCCGAGGCCGAUUGUGUUGAGUGAGGAGGCUCGUCACAGAGGGUCAUCCCAGGCACCUCCUAGGGUCCACGUUUACGACAGACCAGAUAACAGGCGAGUCGAUCGCGUCGACGUAUAG